GACUGCAGGACCAGCCUGGGGAGUCUGAAGAGCUGAACCUGGGCAGUCUGGCCAUGGCCCCCCAGGGGGGAGCCCAGAGGUCCUCCCCUCUAGAAGGCGGCCAUUACUCGGACACCACGGCCUCUGCGGGGGCCAGCGACGACGAGGGGAGCACCGCUGCGACCGACGGCUCCACGCUGCGCACGUCGCCCGCCGAACAGCAGGGGGGCAGCGGAGCCGGGUCGGAGAGCGGGGGCAGCGGGGCAGACUCCAUGACCGGAGAGCCGAACGUGAGCGGCCGGAGCAGCGCCUACGGGGACAACGUGCCCGAGGGCGGCCCCGGCGGCCCCCUGGGAGCGCUGCUGCUGGCCCGCUCGGAGACGAGCUCGGUGGGGCUGCCCUCGAACCCCUCGAUGCCCCACGAGGCCAUAGACCCCGAGGUGGCCUGGGGCCUGCACGCCCUCAGAGGGGCCCUGCUCGACCGCCUGCUCCACUUCUUGCCCCAGCUGCGCACCGUUGGGGGAGUGCGGGCCAUUCCCUUUAUGCAGGUGGUCCUGAUGUUGAGUUCAGACCUGGACAGCGAAGACGAGCGCGACCGAGCAACCCUGGACAGCCUGCUGAGCAGCAUGGUUGGAGAGCUGGACCGCGACGUGGCCAAGGUGGUGGAGCGCAGCCCUGCCUCGGAGGAGCAGCUGAUUGUGAUGCGGCUGCUCAGCAUCAUGAUGUCACGCAUCAAGGGCUGUGGCAAGGGGUCCACUGCUGGGGAGGCCGGCCCGGGACCCAACUACUGCAGUACCUCCGCGGCCGUGGCACUGCACGCCAGCGGCAUUGUUGACCACUGCCUUCAGGUUCUGGGUACCUUGCUGGUCCACUGGAAGUCCGUGCAGAGUACAGACUCGGACGCUUCGUCGAGCGGCACGGGCGGAGCCAGCGGGACCAGUGGCACGCCCCUGCUCAAGCCCCACCCCUCGUCCCCUCCCCCGGACAUGUCCCCCUUCUUCCUGCGCCAGUACGUCAAGGGCCACGCCAACGACGUCUUUGAGGCAUACCCUCAGCUGCUCACUGAGAUGGCUCUGCGCCUGCCUUAUCAGGUGAAGAAAGUGGCGAUGGCGGUACCCUCCGGCUGCCCCGCGCCCAACUUCGGCCCUGCCUGGUUUUCGCACCUGUGCGAGUACAUGAUGGUGCAACAGACGCCCUUCAUCCGGCGCCAAGUGCGCAAACUGCUCCUCUUCUUGUGCGGCUCCAAGGAGAAAUACCGGCAGCUGCGGGACUUCCACGCGCUUGAGUCGCACUUGGCUGGCUCGAGGGCCGUCUGCCACGGCGGGGUGGCCCAGGUGGCGGGACUCUCGUACGACGCCCUCAUCGUGAUGGUGGAGCACCUCAAGGCAUGCACCGAGGUGGCCACCUCCCGCACGGGCAACUGGCAGCGCUUUUGCCAAAAGGACGACACCGUGCUGCCCUUCCUCUUUCGGGUGAGCUUCCUGCUGGACGAAGGAGUAGCCUCCAUCAUCCUGCAGCUCCUGCAGUCUGCGCUGUGCGGCGCCGCCGCCACCCAGCAGCAGCAGCCACAGCACGGCAGCAGCAAGUCGGCCCCUCAUGCAACCAGCUCCCCCUCGAAGCAGCGGAAAGAGCGGGAAGCGCGCGACACCUCGGAAGAGCCGGACGAGCCGGAGAGCUCGGACGAGGCGCAGUGCGCCGCCCUGGCACAGCAGGUCCACCGGUCGGUGGAUCAGGCGCUCCUGGGGCAGUUUGUGCGUGCCUUCCUGCUGGAGUGCAACUCGACGGCGGUGCGGUGGCAGGCCCACUCGCUGCUGCACCAGCUGCACCGCCACUCGCAGCCGCCCCACCGCGAGGCUCUUCUGGGGCUCAUGUGGCAGCUGUGGCCCCAACUGCCCUCGCAUGGACGCAAGGCGGCCCAGUUCGUGGACCUCCUGGGCUACUUCACCCUCAAGGCUCCACAGCCCGAAAAAGAGUUCACGGAGAAGGCUCUGGCAGUGCUGCACCAGCAGAACGAACUGCUCUCAAACCACUCCAACUCUAGCCUGUACAACUCACUGCGGGGCCUAGUGGAGCUGGACGGCUACUACCUGGAGAGUGAGCCUUGCCUGGUCUGCAACAACCCGGAGGUGGCCUACGCCAACAUCAAGCUGUCCGCCAUCAAGGUGGACUCCCGCUUCACCACCUCCACACAGAUCGUGAAGCUGGUCGGCUCGCACACGGUGUCCCGCAUCGUGCUGCGCAUCGGGGACCUGAAGCGCAGCAAGAUGGUGCGAGCCAUCAACGUGUACUACAACAACCGGUCGGUCCAGUCGGUGGUGGAGCUGAAGAACCGGCCUGCCAUGUGGCAUCGGGCGCGACGCUGCUCCCUGGCGGCGGGGCAGACGGAGCUCAAGAUGGAUUUCCCGCUGCCCAUCGUCGCCUGCAAUCUGAUGAUCGAGUACGCCGACUUCUACGAGAACGUGCAGGCGUCCUCAGAGACCCUGCAGUGCCCCCGCUGCAGUGCCUCGGUGCCUGCCAACCCCGGGGUGUGUGCCAACUGCGGCGAGAAUGUGUUCCAGUGCCACAAGUGCCGCGCCAUCAACUACGACGAGCGGGACCCGUUCCUGUGCAACUCGUGCGGAUUCUGCAAGUACGCCAAGUUCGACUACACCCUGACGGCCAAGCCCUGCUGCGCCGUGGACCCCAUCGAGGGCGAGGAGGACCGCAAGAAGGCGGUGGGCUCCAUCAACGCCCUCCUCGAGAAGGCGGACAAGGUCUACAGGCAGCUCAUGGCCCACAAGCCCGCGCUGGAGCUGCUCUUGCUCAAGGUCCAGGAGCAGGGCAUGGUAGACAGGGCCCUGGAAGAAGAAGUGGCGGCCGCCGCCGCGGGCACGGCAUCCACGGGAGGGACCAGCGCGCCGGCCACCGGGUCAUCUGCCGCCUCCUCCAACACGGUCAACAGGGCCAUCCAGCAGCUGGCCCAGAAGUACUGCACUGACUGCAAGACCUCCUUCGACGAGCUCAGCAAGAUCGUCCAGAAGGUUCUGGCCUCGAGAAAGGAGCUGGUGGAGUAUGAGCACAAGCAGCGGGACCGCAGGAAGUCCCAAGGGACAGCCGUGCAGCCGCUCAGAAGCGAGCAGCAUCUGGGCACCCUGGGAGCGCCUGCCACAAACAAGCAAUCGUCCGGGAAAUGCUAUGGAUGUGCCAGUGCAGCAGUAGACCACUGCAUCACUCUUCUUCGUGCAUUGGCCACCAGCGUCCCUUAUAGGCAGCUGCUGUGUGAGGAAGGUCUUAUUGGAGAGCUCGUGGAGCACAACCUCCGCCAGGGCUGGGUCCAGGUGGGCCACCUAGUGUGCUUGCUCACCAGGGACAACCUGGUUGCCACAAACCACCUGAACGCCCUGCUGAUGGAGCGCAUCUCCCUGGCGCUGCUGAGGGGUUCCUCCUCUCGACGCUCACCACGGCAGCAACAGCUUCCCUCCAUUGCAUCCACGUCAGCCUCCACCUCUUCCACAACCGCCCCGCCAAAGAGGCCCGAGCCACUAGCCAUUGUGGGUAGCCCGGACCUACCUUCUGCAGUGCGCCACGAGGUGGCUCUUUUGGCACUGUCCCUUCAGAAAGAGGACUCCUGCUGGGAGCAGCGACUACGAUGCGUGAUGCGGCUCUUCCUGAUGGGCGUCACUUCCCAGAGCCCCGUGGUGUUGGAGAGCAUCACGCUCCCCUGCCUCAAGAUCCUGCAGGCUGUGAUCAAACCAGAGUCCCCGGUCACCAAACGCAACAAGGACAAAUCCAUCGAAGAACUCGCAAGCGUCCGCCCUUCAGGGAUGUCGGUGAGCGUGGACCUGCGCGGCUGGCUGGCGGAAGACGCGAGCCAAAGCUACGCGGCGUGGAAGGGGCGCUGUUUGGGACGCCCCGCUGACACGCUGUCUCUCGGGGGUGGCAAGCGGCUGCGGCGGGAGGACGUGCGAGCCCGCUUCCUGAUGGAGAAGUACGGCUUACGCUGGCGGCAGCGGGUGCGGGGCCAGCCCCUGCAGCCCCUGCUGCUGCUGCACGACCAGCAGCAGGCCCCUGGCUGGCUACGGCAGGUGCUCUUCAACCCGUCCUGCAGGCAGGCACGCACCGUCGCCUGCUCCCUCGUCGAGGCCCUCUGCCAGGUUCCAUCGCGCUGCAGGGAAGUGCUCGACCUCCUGACGACGUACCUGGACGACCUAGGCACUGCUGGGGAGAGCGGGGCCAAGUUCCUCUCUCUGUACCAGAGCCUGAUCGGUCCCGACCACUGGAAGCACUACCUUGCCCUGAAGGGGCUGCUGCCCCACCUGGGAGAGCUCAUCACGGCCGAGAUCCAGCAGCUCAGCCUGCUCGAAGAGACCACACUCAAUGCAGACCUCUCGCAGGGUUUUGCCCUGAAGAUGCUGACCGAACUGCUGGCCUCCUUCAUCGAGGUUGACUCAAUACGGCAGCACUACAAGUCUCGCCUGGUGGGCUGCGUGCUGAACGGCUACCUGUCUCUGCGCAAGUUGGUUGUGCAGAGGACAAAGCUGGUCGACGAAACACAGGAGAAGCUGCUCAACCUGCUUGAAGAGAUGACCACAGGGACGGAAUCCGAGACAGAAUCUUUUAUGGCCGUAUGUGUGGAAACGGUGGAGAAGUAUGGCCUUGAGGACUUUAGGACACCAGUCUUCAUUUUUGAAAGGCUGUGUUCUUUGAUCUACCCUGAGGAGAAUGACCUCGGGGAGUUCUUUGUGACCCUGGAGAAGGACCCACAGCAGGAGGAUUUCCUGCAGGGUCGGAUGCUCGGCAACCCAUACAGCUUGCACGAACCCGGCAUGGGGCCCCUGAUGCGGGACCUCAAGAACAAAGUCUGCCAGGACUGUGAGCUCGUGGCUCUGCUCGAGGACGACAACGGCAUGGAGCUGCUUGUCUGCAACAAGAUCAUGAGCCUAGACCUCCCUGUCAAGGAUGUCUACCGUAAGGUGUGGUGCCCCGAGAACGGAGAGGCAGAGGCAAUGCGGGUGGUGUACCGGAUGCGGGGCCUUCUGGGCGAUGCCACCGAGGAGUUUGUGGAGUCCCUUGAGGCCAAGGACAGCCAGCAGGUGGACGAGGAGGAGAUGUACCGGCUGGCCAACGUCAUGGGUUCCUGCGGGGGCCUGGAGGCCAUGCUGAGACGCCUGGCCUCCGUCGAAGACCUGGUGCGCGCCAGGCCGUUGCUCGCCGUUCUGCUCAAGCUCUUUGGCCUCUGCGUCAAGGUGAAGAGCAACCGUCGGCGCCUGCUGGAGCCCUCGCUGGAAGCCAUGGCCUGCCUGCUGGGGGCCUUGCGGCUGACGCUGGAGGCGGAGGAGCCCCUGCUGGCGGAGCAGCUGCUGAGCACGCUGGAGGCGGUGCUGGCAGAGGGGGCGGCCCGCACACCGCCCAUUGCCCCCUCGGGGGUCACCCAGGGGGACGUGACCUUCCUGCUGGCCCAGGUUGCCUCCCCCGUGGUCAAGGGCAGUCCCCGGCUGCUCCAGCUGCUCAUGCGCGUCGUGCCUUUCCUCACCCUCACCGAUGAGGCCAAGAUGGAGGUCCUGAUUGGGCACUUCAAGCGGCAGCUCAACUUUAGCCGCUUUGACCUGGAGCACACGGCGGACGACGACGUGCAGCUGGAGUGCUUCUGUAACCUGAGUGCGGGCAUCGAGCGCAAUGACAACGGCAACCGGCUCAAACAGCUCUUGGUGUCGCGGGGCAUCGUGCAGUCCGCCAUCCGCUACCUGCUUGUCUAUGCGCCUCCGGCCAAGAGUUCGUUGCUCUCUGCCUCUGAGAACUGGAAGGAGUUCACCUCUAAGCCGGCCCUGAAGUAUGUCCUGAGGAUCCUGACGGGCCUCAGCAGGGGCCACGAGACCACCCAGCUUCUAGUCAGUGCCGAGUGCAUCCCCAUCAUCCACAGGCUGGAGCAGGUGUCGAGCGACGAGCACGUGGGCUCUUUGGCGGAGAACCUGAUGGAGGCACUCAAGGAGAACCCCAACGUGGCCCAGAAGAUCGAGGAGGUGCGCAAGCAGACCCGGGACGAGAAGAAGCGCCUCGCCAUGGCUAUGCGGGAGAAGCAGCUCGGCGAACUGGGGAUGCGCACCAACGAGAAAGGACAGGUCACGGCCAAGAGCUCAAUCCUUCAGCAGAUGGAGGACCUGGGGGAGGAGGCCGGCCUGGUGUGCAUCAUCUGCCGGGAGGGCUACAAGUUCCAGCCGGCCAAGGUGCUGGGCAUAUACACCUUCACCAAGCGCUGCCACCUGGACGACUUUGAGGCCAAGCCACGCAAGAGCCCCGGCUACACCACCGUCACGCACUUCAACGUUGUGCACGUAGACUGCCACAUGGCUGCCGUCAGGCAUGCCAGGGGUCGUGACGAGUGGGAGAGUGCGGCCCUGCAGAACGCCAACACCAAGUGCAAUGGUCUGCUGCCUCUGUGGGGGCCACAGGUGCCAGAGUCUGCCUUCGCCAGCUGUCUGGCCAGGCACAACACGUACAUCCAGGACUGCACGGGUCAUCUGGAUGUGGGCUAUGUUUCCACCCUGCACGACCUGAAGCUGCUGAUCUCCCGCUUUGCUCAGGAGCGCUCCUUUAGCGAAGACAGCGGGGGAGGAGGCCCCCAGAGCAACAUGCACCUCAUCCCUUACAUCCUUCACAUGGUCGUCUACGUCAUCAACACGACAAGAUGUGUGGCCAGGGAAGAGAAAAACCUGUCCAACUUUCUCGAGAUGUCACCGGAGCGGCAAAUUGAAAACUGCUUCGAGAGCGAGGGCCCCUGCUACUGGGCCACCAUGGCACUGGCAGUGUGGUCCCCUGCCAAGUGGCGCUCCCGGCGGGUGUCCCUGGUGCGCCGCAUGCUGGUGCUGGCGCAUGCACGGCACCUGAGCCCCCAGGGCUGCUCCGCCCUGGCCGACCAGGAGCCCAAGGAGUUUGCAGUGUACAAGCCCUACCUCCUGUACCUGGCCAUGGUGGACGGCCUGUACACCAUCAUGUUCAAGAAGGUGUCGUGCACGAACGAGGACGGCUGGUCUGUUGCCCUGGCCGAGUACAUCCGCCACAGCGAUCAGCCCAUGCUGGAGUUGGGAGACAAGCUGCUCAGGAACUUCGAGGAGCAACUGCUGCCGUGCCAGUCGUUCGCAGAGUAUUGCGAUGUCAUGGGUCUGCUUUGUGAAAUUUCGAACCCAGAUGCCUUCCUGUCAGAGUCUCUUCAGCUAAGGGUUUAAUCUUAAUUUUAAUAUUGAAGGUUUAUUUAAUAAACACAUUGUUUGAACUUUUCUUGA